AUGGCCUCCUAUCCCUUCGGCUUCCGACUGGCGCAAGCUAUUGGCAUCUCCGGCGCCGCUUGGCUGUCUGGAAACAUUGCCGCCCUCAGCAUGAACGCCACCCCUUCACUACUCCGAUCCCGUCGCGAGGACAACCUCUCUCCAGCCACCCUCGCCAAGCAAUGGCGAAAUAUGUUUGAGAAUGGAAAGACCCAGAAUCCACCCAUUGCCGCGGCUGUAGCAGCCUCGUUCUUCUAUCUGGCCUGGUCGGUCCGAUCCGGGGCUCCCUUGUUCAAACACACAGCAUAUAGUCGAUCUGGACUAUUCUCGGCGGCUGCUAUUUUAACGAUCGGGAUUGUACCUUAUACCAUGCUUGCGAUGAGUAGUACCAAUAAUGCACUAUUGGAAAAGGCUGGCUCCGCUCCUGAGAUCUCUGAUACGGAGACUUCGGGGUUGAUUGAGAAGUGGACUACUCUCAAUACGGUUCGGGGAUAUCUACCUCUUGCUGGAGCAGUGGUUGGGCUAUUGGCCUCGUUUGUAUAA